GUCACUCAGUACCUUAUGCUUCCCUGCUUGCCUUCGCUCACCUCUCCUCAACCCAUCAACUCUCCGUACACCAUGGCCUUCGCUGGAAAGUGGGAAACUGAGACCCAGGAGGGAUACGAAGAAUUCUGCAAGCUCGUUGGCAUCCCUGAUGACAUCAUUGAGAAGGGUCGCGACUACAAACUCAUCACUGAGGUGGUGCAGAACGGCAAUGAGUUCUCAUGGUCCCAGCUCUAUCCCACAAACAAGAGCGUCACCAACAAGUUUGUGAUUGACCAGGAAUGUGACAUGGAGACCAUCGGGGGGAAGAAGUUCAAGGCCACUGUUACAAUGGAGGGGGGCAAGCUGAGCACGAAAUUCCCCAAAUACCACCACACAUCUGAAAUCAGCGGAGGAAAACUGAUUGAGACCUCUACAGUGGGCUCGGUCGUGUUGAAAAGAACCAGCAAGAAGAUCUGAAGAUAUUGUGACGGUGUUAUUAACGACAACUCUAAUUGAAUAAUGAGUCAAUAAACGGAGACUGCACUGGCCAA